UUUGGUGCAGAUAGUAUUUUGUCAACAUGACUAUAAACAUAACCAAAGAGAAAUCGAUAAGUUUAGGAAAGUUGUAGUGAAAAGCGAAAUGCAUAUUCGUUCUCGUGUAUCAUAAUGUCAUUGAUAUAGGUGUACUAACAAUGUGGUUUUUUUAUUUAUUGAGUUGGUUUGCUUUGUUGGUGCAAGUGUGCUUUGUGACUGUGGCUGUUGCUGCUGGACUGUAUUAUCUAGCGGAACUUGUGGAAGAAUAUACCGUCGCAUCAAAAAAAGUAAUUUGGUGGAUGAUAAUUGGAACUUUGCUUAUAUACAUUGGCUUCAUCCUCUUUGAAGAUUUACCCCGCACUCUAACUGUGUGUGGCAUUAUUAGUCAGAUCUCUCAUCUUUUUAUCCUGAAAACAUAUCCGUAUGUUGUGAUCACAUCACCUUCAUUUAUAAUUGCAGUUAUUAUGUUGGUUGUGAACCACUAUUUAGCAUUCCAAUAUUUUGCUGCUGUGUACCAUUCAUUUUCGGAGGUACUUUCAUAUUUUACAUUAUGCCUAUGGCUAGUUCCAUUUGCAUUAUUCGUCUCAUUGUCUGCAAACGAAAAUGUUCUCCCUACAGUGGCAGAAACAAGACCACUUCUUGAUGACAGUGAUGUGGUUACCAACUACUUUUCAAGGAAAGGAAAGAAAUACGGACUAUUGUCAUUCUUCAAUUAUGCAAAGGAUUCUAUACUACCUCAGCGAACUAAGAAGGCAUUUUAACUGGUUUGGGUGAAUGGUUUUGUGUAAUAAUUUGCAAUGAAAAUGUCAUGUGGCAACAGAAAUGACAAUUGUGUUUGUAACCUGUGAUACAUAUAUUUUUUGAAAAGGA